AAACAGAGUGAAGGGAGAAGAUGCUGAUGCGGCUUAGUAAGUGGUCUCGAAACAUCGUUUGCCGGCCGUCAUGCAGGGAAGCAUAUUCUAAAAGAGAUGUGUAUCAAUGCCUCGUCUCCCGCAGACCUUUAAUGCCGCACUGAUUGGCACGAGAGAGAACAUGGCUCGCCAGGGUCGUCCUUGAUCAGACGCCUGAACACUUCACCGAAUGAACAAUCACAGCGCGAUUUGAUUCAUUGUAGUGUUCGCGUCAGCUUGAGUGCUACACAAUUGAUGCCAUUCAGGGAAAUUGUUUCAACCGAGGAUAGGGCAAACGGUCGCGGAGCAGGUCCAUUUCGAGAUGUGGUCCAUGUAGACAAUGAACACACGGUGGUAGGAGGCGCGUCACAUAGUUAUUGUCGGAACGCAACAAACUGGUUAUGUAAUCGCCAAUCAAAACUGUGCCCCCAACGCCACCAUUUUAUGACUUCGCUCCACUACUGGCACCCUGUUAUAUAUAAGAUCAACGUCGUCUUGCGCCUUAGCAUUUCUUUCCGGCUUGGAUUUCAAGUGCUCCGUAUUUUCGAGAAUGGUUGCAUCCUACCGGCGACUCUCCUCCCUCCAAGCUUCAGUAUGAGGAGGGUUGGGCGUGGAAAUCGCACUAUGCGCUCUCAAACGAACCGAAAUUCAAGAUUUGCGAGAAUUUUCUCGAUGGUUCCAGCUUUUGUUGUUCCUUCGCCGCUCUAAUCACUGUGUCUGGAAAUUCUGGGGGUUUGAAACAACUUGACUAAUGUCCACGACAAUCGGGGCCCGCGAAUAUCCCUGGACCAGAAAUCGAGUCCCAUCCCUGCUGGACUGAGGGCGGUAAAGCCUC